AUGUUUGAAGAGCCGGUUUUGCAGACGUUGCAGAUGUUUGUCGGGGAGAUUUUGUGCUGGCUGCCUGUGCUGGUGAUGCGAUUGCGUAAGGGCGACGCGCCGGCCGUGGAAGCUGCCCCGUUGCUGGGGAAAAAACGUAUCACCUCUUUCAAACAGACGCUGUUUCUGGCUACCCCCGCCGUGCUCGACUUCACGGCCACCACGUUGCUCAAUGUCGGGCUGCUGUACACACCUGUUUCCAUCUACCAGAUGGUGAGAGGCUCGAUCAUUCUGUUUGUGGGGCUGUUUUCUGUUCUAUGGCUGAAACGCACCAUCACGACGCUCGAGUGGCUCAGUUUGUUUGUUGUUGUGUUUGGCGUGUUCAUUGUUGGGCUGAGCGGGUCUUUGAGCUCUGCGGAAGAGUCUGAUUCGUCCGCCGCGUUCAACGGCGACAUGCUGUUUGGCCUGUUCAUCAUUGUUGUUGGAAUCAUGUUCAACGCUCUGCAGUUUGUGGUGGAAGAAAAGGCGCUUGCGUCGCUGGAGGUGAGCCCGUUGGAGGUUGUCGGGUACGAGGGCAUGUACGGGGCCGCCGUGACGUUUGCAACGAUGUGCGCGGGCCAUCUGCUGGGCCAUCGCACCCGGGCCGACUUCUGGGACAUGGGCUACGCUUUCCAAGUGAUGUUUACCAACGGGCCGGUGCUGGUGAGCUCGCUGCUGAUCAUGGUGUGCAUCUCGACGUUCAACUUCUCGGGGGUGUCGCUUACACACACGCUGAGCGCGACAUCAAGGUCGACAAUCGACACCUCGCGCACCUUGCUGGUGUGGCUGGUGUCCCUGGCUCUGGGCUGGGAGCAGUUCAAAACUCUGCAAUUGCUGGGCUUCUCACUGCUGUUGUACGGCACGUUGGUGUUCAACGGGGUGAUUGAGGCGGAAAAGAGCAGACUGUUGCCAAAUUGGCUCAAACAGCGCUCAACGCAGCCACUCAUAACUAUAGAUGAGCCACUGGAAAGGUUCUAA